GUUCGAUUUCAACAGAGUAAAUUUAGAACCAAUUCUUAUCGCCAGGCAAGUGGAUUUAAACAAAAUAAGCAAGUCUGUAGAUGUAAACAGUACGCGAACUAGCAUUCACUUUUUGAGUUACCUGAAGGGCAAUGCACUGUGGGUACGAGUUGUGUGGUGCGCAUGCGCAGUUCAGUUUACAGUUGGAGCUCGUCAGAAAAUGGCGUCGGCUAAGUUCUUGGAGGAAGCACUCAGUACAGACGUCGAUGAAUCAGCAGUCAGUGCUAUUGUGGGAACGUUGGAGACACAGUUAGUGACUACGCAGCCUGCAGUUUCCAGUCAGCAAGGAACAUCUGCGUCAGUGAAUCAGAAUCAUAUGAACAAUACUAUUGCUAAUGGGGGCACUGUCUCAACACAGAAACACGGUGUUACAAACGGUGGUCCUCCAUCUAUGAAUAUUUUGAAUGCAGAUGCAAAUAAAACUAUUUCUUCUAGUACGAUACAGAGUAGUAAUGUUGUUCAUUCAAGUGUUGUAAAUACUGUCGUGGCUUCUCUUCAUGGAGGAGUACCUACAAGUGGAUACUUAAACCAAGUAACUUCAAGUGCUAAUCAAGGAAAUAUAACAAAUAUUAGCAAAUCUCACGAACCUGUUAAAGUAGUUUAUCCUCCUGGAAGUCAAACGAACACUAGUACUGUCGGUAUUAACAUAAACAACAGAGUGAAUUUCCCAACAACAGCCCUUCCAAAUGGUAAUCUUGGAUUGUCUCCUAUUCCGUCUCAUACAGUGUUAAAUGCAGUCACAUCAACAGUCCAGAGUGCAGUGUCACAGUCUCAUUCACAGUCUGGAGCAAGUGUUACUGGUAAAAUUAGUGGUGUAGUUAGUGUUGACGGGAAACCUGGAACUGCUUUAGUGAUAAAGGCUAGUGGAAAUAAUAAUGCAACUCAAGGGACACCAAUAAGUGCUAAUUUAGUGACAGUCCCAAUGACUGUAAAUACUACCAUGGCCCUGACAGGGUCAUAUGUAAACACAGCUGUUGGAACUACUACUGGCACUACAACAGGAAUGUCAGGUGUGGUGACAUUAACAAAACCAGUUACACAUUCGGUGGGGACUUCACAGACGUUGGUAGGGAAUUCGCCUACUAUUUUACCAGCAAAUGUUCAAAUUUUGAAUGUAAAUGCAGUUCGAUUAGGCACACCUGGUCAGCAAGGACAGAAGAGCAUACCACCAAGAGUUGUUAUAGGUGCACCACAUAUGGUUGGUGCUAGACCAGGGCAGCCAGGACAGAUUACACUACAAACACUACAAGGCUUGCAACCUGGUACGCAAGGUCAUCUAUUGCUGAAGACUGAAAAUGGCCAGUAUCAAUUACUGCGGAUGGGGCCUGUACCGACAACGCAUAGUUCGACUGUUACUCCAAACAGUGGCACUGCUACAAUACCAAGUGGCAGUACCUUCAGGAUUCAGUCAGUUCCAGCGCAUGGAACAGUAGCUGUUGCGACAACAACAGCAGCUGCUAUUCAAGCAACACCUCCUCCAGCUUUAACAACUCAGACAGCAACUGUACAGCGACACACAGUUGACACUACCAAAGAAAAAUGUCGCAAAUUUCUUGCAAAUCUGUUGGAGCUCUCAAGUCGAGAACCAAAAUCUGUGGAAAGGAAUGUGCGUACACUAAUCCAAGAGUUGAUUGACACCAAGGUUGAACCAGAGGAGUUCUGCGAUCGGCUUGAGCGAUUACUGAAUGCAUCUCCACAACCCUGCCUCAUUGGAUUUUUAAAGAAAAGCUUGCCACUCCUCCGCCAGUCUUUAGCUACGAAAGAACUUGUCAUUGAUGGCAUUCGGCCACCACCUCAAAGUGCAGUUGUCUUCUCACUGGCAAAUUCUACAAUGGUUCCUCAAGUGCAGACACAGCAGAUAAGGCCUCAAGUUGCAACGGCGCAGGUGCGGCUAAUGGCACCUGUCAAUGCAGCAACACAGAGUGUAGGAGUGACCACUGUGCCUCGACCUGGGCAGCCAGUACAAACUCACAGAAUUGUUGCGCCUGUGCGGCCACAAACUCCUGUGACUCGGAUGAUAACAACAACGGCUUUGAGGCCUCAGUCGCCUGUUACGACUGCCACGACGACACUCCCUUCAACGAUUACAACGCAAAUAAGGGUACCUACUCCAACACUCCCUACUCCCCCACUUCACAUUAGGCAACCCGUGCAGGUGCAGACAAAAACCCCAACUGCUAUCCAACUGAGACCUCCACCUCCUGUGCAGAUAAAAGCUGCAAUACCCCACAUUAAACCUCAGACAAAUGCCUUUGUCAAACCUCCUACACCUUCUCUCUUGCCAAAACCUGUAGCAAAAGAAAAGGAGAAAAAAUCAUUCUCAUCUGCAGGGUACACAGGAGACGAUGAUAUCAAUGAUGUAGCGGCAAUGGGUGGUGUCAAUCUGGCAGAAGAAACUCAGAGGAUUCUGGGUUCAACUGAAUUUGUUGGGACACAGAUUCGUUCAUGUAAAGAUGAAAUAUUUUUACAUGCAGCUCCUCUUCAGCAAAGAAUCAGACAAAUUGUUGCUCGUCAUGGCUUAACGGAAGAGCCAUCACCAGAAGUUGCAGCACUGAUAUCACAUGCAACUCAGGAGAGGUUGAAAAACUUGAUAGAAAAAUUGUCCAUUAUUGCAGAGCAUAGAAUAGAUGUUAUUAAGAUGGAUCCGAGGUACGAGGUCACACAGGAUGUUAAAGGACAGCUUAAGUUUCUGGAAGAAUUAGAUCGUGUAGAAAGGAAGAGACAUGAAGAGCAUGAACGGGAGCUACUUUUAAGAGCUGCAAAGAGUAGAUCAAAAUCUGAAGAUCCAGAGCAAGCUAAAUUAAAAGCAAAAGCCAAAGAAAUGCAAAGAGCGGAGAUGGAAGAACUGCGACAGAGGGAAGCAAAUCUCACAGCGCUACAGGCAAUUGGACCAAGGAAGAAGCCCAGGUUGGAACUUGGCACUGGUGUUGGAAAUUCAAGCCAGGGAGGUGCUGGCAGUUCAAAUGGUGCAGGCAGUAGCCUUAACAGGACACAGCUACCAAUGAGGCCAAGGUUGAAACGGGUGAACCUCAGAGACCUGCUUUUCCUGCUGGAACAGGAGAAGGAGACUUGCCGAAGUACUCUUCUGUAUAAAUCUUUCCUCAAGUGAUUGUUGUUCUCACUUCUUGAGUGUUGCGAUAGCCAUGAUUGUCAUUGGCGUAAGUGCUGUGAAUCUAAAACUUCUACUGGUGUCCUGAUCCCUAUUCUUCUCAGAGCUUUUAUGAGAUAAUGACACUGUGAAAAAAGUGUGCAAUGUUGGGUGAAAUCAAAUGUCUUGAUUUAAAACAGGCAAGUCUUUCUUACUAAGCGUGAAAUGCUGAACUUAUACUUUGUGUAAAUAAACGUAAGAAGAGUCAUGGAUGGGUUAUUUGUUGAGUAUCUUAUGAUAAAAGUGACAAAGUGCACGGCAUCCCACUCCCAGGCGAACUUAAUGUGUAAUGAAAUCUUCCUUUAAACUGAUGAAUGAAUGUACUAACUUUUACAUGAAGUCUAAUUGUUACUUUCAGUACAAAGGCAGCCUUAAACACCAAAAUUUUCAUAUCUUUUUUUCUGUGUUCAGAAAAAAAUACUUUUCUUGUUAAAUUUAUUGCUUUAAAUUGACUAGUGCACUGCUCUUUAGUAAUGUGCUAAUGUGAAACUUGGUGUACUAUACUGUCAUUUAAGAUACUGAAAAUCUUCCAGAUUUGUAGCAGAAUAUUGCUAAUACAUUAAAUUUUGUAUUUUUAUAUUGUUAAAGACAUUGCCUCAAACAAUAGUGCACAAUAGAUUGAAGCUCCUGUUUCUUUUACAGUCUUGUAUCUUACUGAUUUGCCUGUUUUAUAAUUGAUGUACAAUUUUAAAUGACUUGAGACUAGUGUAGUAAGUCCAGUGUCUUAUUGAAACAAAAAAAAUGAAAAAGAAAAAAAACGAAAUAGGGGAAAAUGAGUCAUAUGUAUGUGUUGUUUCUGUAAAGUAUAGGAUAGUCUGUUCUACAGAGGAAUCUAAGUCUUACCCUUAAGUUACCAUGUAUUAUUAUUAUUUUUUAUUUGUUGUUGAGAUUACUGUAAAUUGAUAGUGAAAUUAUAUGUGGUAUGUUAACUUUAACUGAUUGCCCAAAUUAAGCUAAUCAGUUCAAUAUGGCUACCCUACUUUUAAUAUUGCAUCAAAACUGGCUUAACACUCGUAUGUGUUAAAUAUUUUUAAUUUUUUGUUUUAAAUUUCCAUGGAUUGAUCAGUAAUUAGAUUUAUACAGAUUUUUUAAUCUUGUGCCGAUGACUCAUCUGUCUUACAAAAAUGUGCAGUGUUUAUUGUGAUUAAAUUUAAGAGCCAGAUAAUUUCACUGUACCUGAAGCAUUUAAAAUGUUAUUUGUUACUGUUUUUUAUAGAUCUGGCUCUUUGCUUAAUUCAUGUGUGUUAUUGCUGAUGCACGUAUACAGAAACACGCCUGGGAGUAUAGAAAAAUUGUAAAUCCUAUUUGCUAAGAGAGAUUAUUUGACAAAAUUGUGUUCAGAUUGGCACUGUUGUAAUUUUCUUUAACGUGAGUUACUGUACAUUUGACAUUUAAGGCUUUUAUGCAAGUAAUGGACAUCUUCCUUAUAACCAUGCAUUUUAUAUUACUGAAUGAAUAAUAAUUGUCAGUGAUAUAACAACACUUAUUAUGCAAAUUUGCAGUUAUUUACUAGCUAUUUUUUGGAAUUUCAGAAUGUUAUUAUUUCUUUGAGGUAGUCAGAAGUUUCCUUUCAGUGCAGAUGAGCCUUAGCCAGAAUAGUAUCCUCUCUGACAUAACAGAAACAAUACUUCAAUUAACUUUCUUCAUAUAAUUUUGCUUGUAUCAUGACAUAGAGGUUCAAGAGAGAGAGUGCUGCUGCAAUAACAGUAAUACUUUGCUGAAUUACUUUCACUGUCCACCCAAGAGGUUCUGUGUGCUGCAGGAAUAAGAAACUUCGAUGCAAGUGGUUUUUGUGAUUUGCGGAAGCCUUUAAAUUCAAGAAACCCUAUCUUGCAAAUUAUUUCCAAACAAUCUGCUAUUCUCAUGUGUUCCGAUUAUUAGUGUUUAUGUUCUUGUGUCAGCACAGUUACUGAAGAGUCUACAGUCUCAGUAGUCAUCACAUAAGGAAAUUAAUUGAAUGAAAAAGUUUUUCGUAUCUUACUCUAUUACUCAAUCAUCUUAUUUAUUUGGUGUGAAUACGUGUUUUUUUGCUGAAUAAGAUCUCCGCCGGAAUUCUUAAACCCUAAAAUAAAUUCCAGUCUUAUGUAACUCACAAUAUAUUUUUGAUGAUGGAGGCUUUAUCACACACGCUUAGGAUUGUUAUUCCCUCAUGUAAUUAUGAAAAGUUUGUAACAAUGUUUUUAUACAAAAGAAGCAGUUGUUUCUUUCAUUGUCAGUUAUAUUUUUAUAUUUGAACUGAGUAGUGUCAGAAUAAGUGUAGCAUCAGCCUGUUCCACAGUUGGUUUCUUCCUCUAAUAAGUUGAUUAGUAGAACAAGAAAUAUCCUUGCACUGGACACCAUAAAGCACACAAAUGAUAAAAUAAAAGUGCUGUUUCUGUAUACUUCUAUAACAGCGCAUACUGAAAAUAACAGCCGCUGACCCACUAGCCACUCUUUCAGAUGCUGACUCUGUUCUGAAAUUGUGGUAGACAUUUGCUUAUGCUAUUUACAGAUAUUGUUCCUCUCAGAAAUAUGCAAUGUUCAUCACUUGCUUGAGACACUUAAAUGUCAGCUGUACAAGAGCUGUAUCACUGGUAAUGCCUCCUAAGUGCAAUUGUGCCUAGGCUGUUUCAGCCUGUAAAAUUUCAAGGAGAACUUUGUGCUGUGCUACGUAGUGUAAAUAUAUAUAUUUGUGUGUGUGUGUGUGUGUGUGUGUGUGUGUGUGUGAAUUUUGAUUGUUACCUGUAAGUGCCUAUGGAUUUGGCUCACAGUUGUCAUCUUUCAUGGCUUGAUAGUGCCACUGUGGUGCUUUGUGAACUGAACAGAGAGAAAAAAAAUGUUAUGAAAUAAGUGAACUCUGUUUUGUUGUUUAUCAAGUCCAAAAAGUUUGUAAUGAAGGUAUGCUAGAACUAUAUUUAUAGUUUUCAUAAACUGAAUAUGUGGUGCAUCUGCAGUGACUGUUCACAGUUUCUAACUCUGUGGAUAUAAAGAACAGAUUGCACGUUCAGUUCAGCAGUUUUCAUGUAAAUAAAUAGAAGUCUAGUAUGUUGUACAUAAACAUGUAAAUAAUUGAACUGCGUAUUAGUAAUUAAUUAACAAUAGAACAGUUGUUAUUUUCUAUAUUUCAUGGGGCCAUUUUGUGAGAAUAGGUUGUUUUAAUAACGGCAAAAUACUUUUCUUUGUAAAAUUGCUUCUUUGUGUGAAGUUACAUUAUUUGCUUAUGUCGUAUGUAAUUUAUCCGGUACCAAACGACUGAGACACCUUACGAAUGUUUGCACUUGUGCAACACAUCUCAUUGUCAGUAUUAAUGUUGAUUUGUUUUUCUGAGUUUUUAAUCUAGAGAGGAUCUGAGGAUAUAUGUACAUACUAUUUAACAUUUUUACAUCCCAGUACAGUGACAGUGCUAGAUAGUUUUAGUGAUUUGUUCAUUUUAAAUGAUGUAAUUAAAUGUGAACAUAUAAUUUUGUCAAGGGAUGAAGUUGCUACUUUGUUUGUUAUGCCUAAGACAUAUGUAAUAAGUGCAUAUGUUUAGAACAUUUGUUGUUUCCUACUUCAGUGAAGCUCAUAAUCAUGGCAACUAUUAGGGCUCAUAUUGAGUUUAUAUAUAGUAAAUUUAUAUAAAUAUAUACAUAUAUAUAUAUAUCUAACAGAGUU